CCAACCUCAGCUUUAACAGACCUUGCGCCCGCUAUCUACCCCCAAUCGACUCACUCCUAUCACGCCCAAGGAGCAGGUUGCGGCAACAGCACUUCCAUAAUUAAUCUCCUGCAAGCUCCUUCGCCAUGACCGCAAAGGCCGAGUCUCACGGUGUCGAGAAGGCCGUGACCGACCCCCAGAACGCCCCGGAACAAUUGGAAAAACGGUAUACGCUUCUUUCUGUGAUCGCAUUCGCCUUCACCACAAUGAACUCAUGGGUGGCAUUCGCAUCCGGCAUUGCAGUUCCCCUUGCGUGUGGCGGAGGCCCUGGAAUCAUUUACGGCCUCAUCGCGGGAGCUAUCAUAAUGGCGGUCAUCAAUGUUGGAUCGGCGGAAUUGGCUUCUGCUUUUCCUUCUGCCGGGGGUCAGUAUCAUAUGGUCUUCAUGGUGUUUCCGAAAUCAACACGUCGGGCGGCCUCCUUUUUCGUGGGAUGGAUUACCAUCGUCUACCUCAUGGCGGCCUUGGUAUCCUGCAAUUUCUUCGUGGCAAGCUCAGUUCUGGAGCUGGCUGCGCUCUGGAUUGAGACGUACCAGGUUCAAGCAUGGCAUACCUAUCUGCUUCAUGUGGCAUUAUGUAUCGUUGGGUUCUUCCCGACGUCCCGAUUCCCGGGGGCCAUUGGGUGGCUGGGCAUUGGCAUCUUCUUCCUGUCACUGAUGGGCUUCGUUGCAUCGAUGGUCACCAUAUUGACCGUCAGCGAGGGAAGGCAGAGUAGCGAAGUGGUAUUCCGGGACUAUAACAAUACCAGCGGAUGGUCAGAUGGUUGGGCAAUGAUUAUCGGCAUUACAGCAUGUCUUUGGGCGUACAGUGGCGGUGAUGCACCAACACACGUCGCGGAAGAAGUGCCGAACCCAAGUCGCAAUGUACCGAUUGCCAUGUGUGUCUCAAUCGGCCUGGGAUUCGUCACCGUUCUGGCGUGGAUCAUUGCGCUCAUGUUUGUCGUGAAAGAUGUCGAUGCGGUCGCCGAAUCCACAGUUCCGAUAUUGGAGGUCUACAACCAAGCAUUGGGCUCCAGGGUCGCGAGCACCAUCUGGAAUGUGUACUACAUGGUGAUGUUCUACGACAUCGUGUUGAACCUGUUCAUCUUCGGCGGGCGAACGAUCUGGUCCAUGGCUCGCGACGGCGGUAUUCCCUGCGCCAGAUGGUUCACUCAUCUCCAAUGGAACAGUCCGGUGCGAGCAACAGCUCUCAUGCUCGCCCUGCAGAUUAUCGUCGGUAUCCUAUACAUCGUCUCAUCAGAAGCCUACAGCAGCUUCAUCAAUCUCACCUUGUUCAACCUCAACAUCACCUUCGCGAUUCCUCAGGCAGCCUUGUUCUUCCGUGGCCGGGGGUGUCUCCCAGAACGUGCCUUUUCGCUGGGCAGAUAUGGGUCUGCGGUUAAUCUGGUGGCCACUCUGUUCAUUAUCCUGUUCUCGAUCUCAUUUUGCUUUCCCGUGUCCCUGCCCGUUAGUGGCUCGUCGAUGAACUACUUGGUCGUUGUCAUGGCUAUUUCCUGGAUUAUUUUGGCCGCGCUAUGGUGGGGAGGAUUGAACAAGACGUUCACGGGGCCACGGGAGAUUAUCGAGGGGUCUACUCUGUACAGCGAUGUCCGUUAUUCUAUGAUCCAGGAUUUCUAG